AUGUCUACGCCUCAGUCAGACCAUGCCGACGACCGCCCAAUUGAAAAUGGAGGGCAAAUCAGUGCAGGUUAUCGAGAAGCGCCAUCGUCAUCCCCGCCCUCAGCUGCAGAUUUGAAUACGCCACGACUCAGUCCAAGUUCUCCGCUUGACACCAGUGUGGACACCAGCGAAUCAAACGAGACUUCAUCGUCUGGCUCUUCUGAGGAUGAUACUACAUCAGAGGAAGACAGCGAUGAUGAAGAGGACGAGGAAACUCUAGGGACCUCUGCUGUUCCUGACGGCCGUGUGUCAGUCCAACCAAGUGACGAUAUCCGAUCACGAUUACAAGCAUUUCUCCCCCAAAUUCAAAACGCAAACUUGGCGCUCCAAAAUGCCGAUGAUGCCUUGGAAAGGAGAAUCGACAACGUCAGCGACAGCGAAGAGCAUUAUAUCGAAAUGAAUUUGGGCCUGGGCGUUCUCAGUGAGAGGAGGGAAGAAGCAAUCGCGAUAACUGGUGGUGACGACGGCAGUGCUACAUCGGACGAAGCUGAUGCUGAGGACGACGUCAAGGAGCCUAAUGGCGGCAAUGAUGAUCUUCCAGUACACGAUGGCAUCCUGGCGGCUUUGAGGGGAGAGAAGAGCACCCGAGGGACAAAGAGAAACGUCGAAGAGCUGGGUGAAUAG